UGUUGUUUUGCUUUUUCUCAGAAACCUGUUCCAUUUACUUUAGCAGCACUGACUACUGUUAUCAUUAAUUUUUACUUAUACAUAUCUGCAACUCAUUGUUGCAGGAGUAGCAGAAGUCGACGUGGAGUGUGCGCUGUUCGCAGCACAAUAGGCUAGCAUGUCUAGCGGUGCGGAUACCGUUAGCACGGCGGGAAGGGUACGUUCGUCACGGAACACUUCGGCCGAGAAUCAAGCCAUCCAAUCCGUCAUUACCAAGGGCGAGAAGCAAUUAGCAGAACGGAGAUCAGAGAGAGCAGAGGCAAGGAGACUGAGAUUACGCAAUCUCGAGGAAGAACGACGGGCGGAAGAUAAAGAUGAAGAGUUGAACAGCGGAACGGUGACUCCCUCACGGCGUGCCAUCAGAAAGCAGGAAUCCACAGACCCGAUGUUUUCACCGGACCUUGCUGAUCUAUACACAAAAGACAAGGUCAUAGCCAUUGAGAAGAAAUGGCGGAGUACCAUGGAAACGAACGACGAACUCCUGGAGCAAAAGAUCAAGCUGGUCCAGGAAGUAGACAAGAUGAAGGACAGGAUUGAAGAUGCGAUUGAUGUCCACGCUGAGCUGCUAUGUGAUCGUGAUCACUACAUUGAAGCAGUGAAAGAGAGCCAAGACAGCGCUACUCAUCAACAUGAAGAACUGGAACUACUCUGUGCUCAGCUUGUAGCUCGACAGCAGUACAUGCAGGAGCUUGACAUGGAGUGGCCACCGCAGCACUUACUCAACGGCGAUGAAGGUCACAGCACAGAGGAAGGUGAAAGUACGUGCAAUCAUACCAGCGAAGAGGACACCGAGGUUACCACGGAGGAAGACGAGUACGAGGAACGGCUGCUGAGGCGACCCAGUCAGCACGAUAUCAAGGAAAGACAAAAGCAAAUUCUGCUCACACAGAUUGGUCGCUUGAAACAAGAAGUUCAGACACUUCAGCAGGAGCUCAAGGAACGGAAAUCCGACACAUCGACGGCUGAUUCAAGCAAUGCUGUUUUAUUGCGAGACACGACGCGGCUGCUCAAUGAUUACAAAGCGAGAGUUGAAUCAGCCGAGACUGAUCAAGAGCGCUUGACUAGCCAGGUGGACAUGCUGGAAGCCCAAGUCAAGCGCUUAAAGGGCCUGCAAGAGGAGUCUGAGGCAAUGGAGGACGAACUGAAGCUGGAACGGCGCAAGUUACAACGUGAGAUGCGACAAGCUAAAAACCAAGCCGAAGAACUGGAGGUGGAAAACGAGCGAUUGCAGAAACGAAUCGAGCAGCUAAAACGACGACACCAGCGAGAUUAGUUUUCGCUGACAAACGGCGCGUUACCAAAUGAACAGCUA